AUGGUAGAAUCGUUUGCUGACUGGGGUGGAAUAAAGGUGUCUGAUAAGGCUCUGGCGGCAGAGCAGCCUCUGAAACUCAUACAGAUGGGAUUUAACCUAGGGGCAAAUAGUGACGAGACGGCGGUGCCGUCCAUCUGCUGGCUUUAUGAGCAAAAAGUAAUCGAUGGGAAGACACCGGGGGGACCCGGCGGCCUCACUGGUCUCAGGGGCCCUCAGCCUCCAGAGGAUGGUCUCAGGGGCCGUCAGCCUCCAGAGGAUGGUCUCAGGGGCCCUCAGCCUCCAGAGGAUGGUCUCAGGGACCCUCAGCCUCCAGAGGAUGGUCUCAGGGGCCCUCAGCCUCCAGAGGAUGGUCUCAGGGACCCUCAGCCUCCAGAGGAUGGUCUCAGGGGCCCGCAGCCUCCAGAGGAUAGUCUCAGGGGCCCUCAGCCUCCAGAGGAUGGUCUCAGGGGCCCUCAGCCUCCAGAGGAUGGUCUCAGGGGCCCUCAGCCUCCAGAGGAUGGUCUCAGGGACCCUCAGCCUCCAGAGGAUAGUCUCAGGGGCCCUCAGCCUCCAGAGGAUGGUCUCAGGGGCCCGCAGCCUCCAGAGGAUAGUCUCAGGGGCCCUCAGCCUCCAGAGGAUGGUCUCAGGGACCCUCAGCCUCCAGAGGAUAGUCUCAGGGACCCUCAGCCUCCAGAGGAUGGUCUCAGGGACCCUCAGCCUCCAGAGGAUGGUCUCAGGGGCCCUCAGCCUCCAGAGGAUGGUCUCAGGGACCCUCAGCCUCCAGAGGAUGGUCUCAGGGGCCCUCAGCCUCCAGAGGAUGGUCUCAGGGACCCUCAGCCUCCAGAGGAUGGUCUCAGGGGCCCGCAGCCUCCAGAGGAUAGUCUCAGGGGCCCUCAGCCUCCAGAGGAUGGUCUCAGGGACCCUCAGCCUCCAGAGGAUAGUCUCAGGGGCCCUCAGCCUCCAGAGGAUGGUCUCAGGGGCCCGCAGCCUCCAGAGGAUAGUCUCAGGGGCCCUCAGCCUCCAGAGGAUGGUCUCAGGGACCCUCAGCCUCCAGAGGAUGGUCUCAGGGACCCUCAGCCUCCAGAGGAUGGUCUCAGGGGCCCUCAGCCUCCAGAGGAUGUCUCAGGGACCCUCAGCCUUCAGAGGAUGGUCUCAGGGGCCCUCAGCCUCCAGAGGAUGGUCUCAGGGGCCCUGAUUGGGGGGGGUUGUUUAUAA